AUGGCUCCCAUCAAGCUAGAGACACGAAAGCUAGUCGACGAGUUUCUUGACCAGUAUGAUUACUUUCUUUUUGACUGCGAUGGUGUGCUUUGGAGCGGUACUCAGCUCCUACCCUAUGUCUGCGAGACGCUCGACAUGCUACGAAGGCUUGGUAAGCGUAUCGUUUUUGUAACAAACAACUCAACCAAGUCCCGCACGACGUACAAGAAAAAGCUCGAGUCGAUGGGUAUUCCCGCUGAAAUUGAUGAGAUCUUUGGAUCCGCAUACGCAAGUGCUGUCUACAUCAAGCGUGUUCUCAAGCUUCCUGAAGACAAGAAAGUCUAUGUCAUUGGCGAAAGCGGGAUUGAGGAAGAGUUGGCCGCGGAAGGAGUCCAGUACUGUGGAGGCACUGAUCCCGACGAACGUCGGGAGAUGCGACCAGAAGACUACGAUGCAAUGCGUCCGGAUCCAUCAGUAGGUGCUGUUCUGUGUGGUCUGGAUUCGCACAUCAACUACUUGAAGAUGUGUCGCGCUUUUCAGUACCUCCGGGACCCAGACUGCCUGUUGCUCAUGACCAACACCGAUUCCACAUACCCGACAUCAGGCUCCCUUUUUCCUGGUGCCGGUUCUUGCUCGGCGCCCUUGAGGUUUGCUACCGGCAGAGAAGGCAAAGCACUUGGCAAACCCAACCCAGAAAUGCUUGAUGCGAUCGAGGCCAAGUUUCAAUUCGACAAGAAGAAGGCAGUAUUCAUCGGCGACCGCCUCAAUACUGACAUUCAAUUCGCACAUAACUCGGGCAUGGGUGGCUCUCUCAUGGUGCUGACUGGUGUCUCAUCGGAAGCUGACUUCUCGGCAAAAGAUGCACCUGUCGUUCCAAAGUAUUUUAUCGAUAGACUUGGGGAUUUGUAUACGGCCCGGCAGUAA